CGAGGUGCGCCCCGCCCAGGUCCGGGCACCUGCUCGCUCUACCUCCCGCCCUCUCCCGGGUCCCAGGAGUUCCGGUCUCCCUACCCCGCCCCCGACUUCCAGCGGGUCAUUCAGCCUCGCGGGCCACCCUUUCCUCGUGUUCAUUCACGAAACCCGCGGGGCGACGCCCGCCACACCAGGCGCUCCUCUGGAGUGAGAACAGAGGCCCCCAAACCUGAAACCCGGCGUGUGCGCUCUGGGCCGCGCAGCGCUGCGGGGGAGGGUGGGGAAAGGCCGGAGGAACUGGUGGGAGGGGUGGCCCGGGCCCUGGCCCUGGCCCUGCCCGGAGAGGCCCGGAGUCCGGACUCCCAGACACGAGUCCCUAGGGGUCCCUGCGCAUGGGGUCUUAAAGGCCAGUUUCGGGAGGUUAUCUGCUGAGUUCUGCGAGGGGCUGUGAGACCCGUAAGGAUAACCGCCAGUCUGAUAACGAGAGGCAGCGGGGAGCUGCGGAAGGCUUCUGAGCUGGAGGGAGAUGUGAGGAUGGGGGAGACUGCUCUCGGGGCAGGGGAGAGCCGCAGCCGGGACCCACCGGGGGCGCACCAGCGGUGCCGUGUUGGGGGCACUUUGUCUCCCUCCCGCCACCAUCACCACCGUCAUCCAUCGUCGGGUCGGUGUCUGCUGGUACGAACGGAUGACUGUCUGCAGGUAAGGUGCCCUGGGUCACUGCAGGCUGGCCCCCUGCCCCCUGCCCCCUGCCCCCUGACCUCGCAGGAGGAAGUCUCACAGAGACCUGCGGGGGAGGGUCUCCGCCUGCUCUGCUUCCAGCCAAGGAGUCGGGGGCCCAGAGUCCGGCCCGGCAGUCCAGUCCUCUCACCCAGCCUGCACAGCGCUCAUUGUGGGCAGCUCCUGGGCACUGCCGGGGUCGCGCUUGUGGAUGCAGGGGAUGUCCCUGCAAGGACAGGCAGGGACAGUAGGGGGGGAGGGCUCGCCCCAGGGUGUCAAAGAAACGGCACACUGGAGAGUGCCCUGUCUGACCUGUCCUCCCUCCUCCCGGCCACCCUCCUGCCUCUUCCCUUCUCACACACAUACCCGGUGGGCGCCUUCUUCGUGCCUGAGCCUGGCAACGUACCGGCUCCUGCCCCUGACCUUCGGACUUCUCCACGUUGUCAGCUAAGAGGUUGGGGACGAAGAGAAGCACCCUCAGGAAGAGCCGUGGCCCACAGGGUCAGGUGGCAGGAAACCUCAGGAACCACUACCAGGGUCACAGGGGCCACAGGACCAGGUGGUGGUGACCAGCAGGCAAAGCUGAGCCCCUGCACUGCCUCCCACUGGCCCAGCCUCCCCCACCCCCCACCCCCCACCCGGAAAGCGGCGCCUUGCUUUCUUCUCCUUCAUGUCUCUGGCGCAGUUGUCGCUGCUGCUGGGGGGCCUCCCUGCGCUCCCCGCCUGCAGGGCAGGCCCACCUCCUCGCCAUCGCUCACGUGUCCACUUGCUUGGCAGCCUUCACCUCGCUCCGGGAUUCUCUUUUUCCUGGGCACGGGUCUGUGGGCUGUCCCCAGGCUCGAGUGGACACUCGGUGUCCGUCUUGGCCGCCGCUGUGCCUGGGCACCUAGAGUGGUGCUGACACGUAGCAGGAGUCCAGAAGCUUUGGGUUGGUUGAAUGAAUAA